AUGUCCUCCACCACCGCCAUGGACACCAGCAAAAGCCCCCUCCCCACCGGGGCCGGCAACAUCAAAUCGGACGACCGACUGGCGGGCAUGUCGCACAGCGAAGUGCACUACUUCAACAGCUACAACCACCACGGCAUCCACGAGGAGAUGCUAAAGGACGAAGUGCGCACGCGCUCCUACCGCGACGCCAUCUACCAGAACAAGCACAUCUUCAAGGACAAGGUCGUGUUGGACGUGGGAUGCGGUACAUCCAUCCUGAGCAUGUUUGCGGUGAAGGCGGGCGCGAAGCAUGUGAUCGGGGUGGAUAUGAGCACGAUCAUCGUCAAGGCGAAGGAGAUUGUGGCGGUGAAUGGGAUGAGUGACAAGAUCACUUUGUUGCAGGGGAAGAUGGAGGAGGUGGAGCUGCCGUUCCCGGAGGUCGACAUUAUCAUUUCGGAGUGGAUGGGCUACUUUUUGCUGUACGAGAGCAUGCUGGACACGGUGCUGUGGGCGCGCGAUCGGUAUCUUCGAAAGGACGGCAACGGGUUGAUCUUCCCUGAUAAGGCGACCAUCUUCAUGGCUGGCAUCGAAGACGGAGACUACAAGGACGAGAAGAUUGGCUUCUGGGACUCAGUCUACGGCUUCGACUACACGCCCCUGAAAAUGACCGCCCUCACCGAACCCCUCGUCGACACCGUCGACCUCAAAGCCGUCGUCACCGACCCCUGCGCCGUCCUCACCCUCGACCUCUACACCUGCACCCCGGGGGACCUCGCCUUCCACCUCCCCUUCAACAUGUCCGUGCGCCGCACCGACUACAUCCACGCCCUGAUCGCCUGGUUCGACAUCGAGUUCUCCGCCUGCCACAAGCCGAUCCGCUUCUCCACGGGCCCGCACACGAAAUACACGCACUGGAAGCAGACGGUCUUCUAUCUGAGUGAUGUGUUAACGGUCGAGGCCGGGGAGACGGUCAAGGGGAGUUUGGGGUGUAAGCCGAGCGAGGGGAAUCGGAGGGAUUUGGAUGUCGUGGUGGACUACAAGUUGGAGACCGGGGAUGAGAAGAGGACGGCCGAGGGGCAUUGCGAGUACAAGAUGUGUUAG